UCCUCCUCCUCCCCCUCCUCCCCCUCCUCCUCCCCCCCCUCUCUCGGCCCUGCCAGGGACGGGGGGGGGGGCAGCCUUCCGCAGCACCCCAGGGCGGGGGCGGACGCGCGCGUGCUGCCAGGGCCGAGCAGGAGGAGCGGCCCCGAGAUGCACCGAGACCUCGCCCCGCGCGCGCUGCUGCCCACGCUGCUCCUCGCGCUGGGCGCCGCCCGCGGCGCGGGGGCCAUCGCCGCGGCAGGUGCGCCGGCCAGGCAGAUCCCCGGAUUCAAGACCACGUACACGGUCGUGACUCCUGGCGGCGGCGAGAGGAAGGUCGCGAAGAAUUCCGUCGUCACCGUGCACGCCACUGGCGUGGUCGUGGAGACAGGCAAGAAGUUCUGGAGCACGAAGGACCCCGGCCAGGAGCCCUUCACGUACACGGCCGGCGUGGGUGGCGUGAUCCGGGUUGGGACCAGGGCUGCCUCGGAAUGCACGUGGGCGAGCAGCGUAAACUGGUGAUCCCCGCCGAGGAGGGCUACGGCAAGGGCGGCUUCCCGGCGUGGGGCAUUCCGCCAGGCGGCACGCUCGAGUUCACCCUGGAGUGCUUGACCAUCAAGUAAGGUCUCCGGCGAGGCCAAGAGGUGCAAGGAGCUGGUCGACCGCGUCCAGACAGAGAGAGGGCGGUGCGAGAUCGUCCCCGUGCACCGAAAAUGAACAGCACCCUCCAUUCCUUCAGGAUUCCGAGCAAAAGCCAGAAGCACAUUUGCAUCAGCAUAGUUGGUGGCUCAUAAGCACGAGCUCCUCAUAUGCCCAAGUCCGCCAUUUGGACCACCAAGGAGGAUGUUCCCGCCACCACACCAAUGCGCUGAGGCGGCUCCUAAAAGUACUUUCCCAAAGUCCUCGUGGGGUAGGCAUUGAACACCGAAGAAGAAAUUGCACUACGAGCACUUGCGCAGCAGGCUACGACAGUACAUGGAUCUGCCAUGCCGCAUCAAGUUGUCGGGUCCGUUGUGUCCGUUCUUCCCAUACUGCGCAGGUUUGACCCGAUACCUCGAAUGAUUGUCUUUUUCCGAUGACAUACGGCAACAGCUUGGACCACACGCAAACACUUCGAACUGAUCGUACGGGUUUUCUGGUGGCUUCACUAAGCCGAGCGAGACUGCAGGGGUUGUAGAUGGGGGGCUCCAAUGUCUUCGCGCGCGUGUAUCCAUUGCACCUUCCACACUCGAUGGAUGGCAUGCCAGAAGCCUCGACGAUACUCCUCCUGAUCGUUGUUUCGCCCCUUUCCGUACCUGCAUUCAGCCAAAGUGUAAUCGUGGCCCUAACGUACGUCGACCGUUGCACAAGUGCAUGAUGCAACAUAGGGCCAGACUAAAAUUGGGAGUGCAAGGCAGGAAGGGUGCCUGAAAUGACGCUCGCACAAUGCGAGAAGAACUGUUCACGUAUUUAAGACAAGGUUGGAACGGUUGGUUGGAUUCGUUUUCACCAGUUCUCAGGCGCUGCAUUUUCUUUGUUUUGUGAUCUGAGCUUCGACGAGUGAGUUGGGCUCAUGCUUCUCAUUUGUUAUGAGACACCGCGCCAUUACUGUUCGACGAGCAUGUCGGAUUGCGGGCUCGAUCGCAGUGCCAGUUGCCAGAACAAUGUGACACGUUGAUGAAUGGACGCAGCUUGGCGACACAGAGAUCACACAAUUUGCAUUACUUGUAACGGAAAGUUCGGUAUGUGUACAGGUUGUGGACACCGAUAGGGAAACAGAUGCAUGCCUACGAUGAUCAAAUAAUUUCGCCUUGU